UUAUAUUGCUUAUAUAAUGGCCAGGCGCUUGCUCUGUUUUUCUCAUUCCAUCACCAGAAACCAAAAACAAUGGCGGCUCAUCAUCAUCAUCAGAAGCAGAUAGCCAUCAUCGGAGCGGGAAUCAGCGGCCUCCUGGCCUGCAAGUACGCCCUCUCCAAGGACUUCAACCCAACAGUCUUCGAAUCCCAAAACGGCGUCGGAGGACUCUGGGCCAACACUCUGCCCACCACCAAGCUCCAAACCCCGAAAUCACUCUACCAAUUCGCCGACUUCCCGUGGCCGGAAUCCGUCGCCACCCAUUUCCCGACCCACGACCAAGUCCUUGAUUACCUCCAAUCCUACGCCGACCACUUCGAACUGACGAAGCACAUCAAAUUCAACACGAAAGUAAUCGGCAUCGAGUACAGGGGAGUUGCAGAGGAGGAAGUGGAGGCGUGGGCGCUCUGCGGCGGAAACGGCGACGUUUUCGGCUCCAGGGGAGGGAAAUGGGAAGUCGAAGUUUCAAGCGAUGGGAGCGAUAAGACUGAAAUCUUCGUGGCGGAUUUUGUGAUACUCUGCGUGGGGAAGUACAGCGGCGUCCCGAAUAUUCCUGAGUUUCCAAACGGAAAAGGGCCUGAAGCUUUUCAGGGGAAGGUGAUUCAUUCGACUCAGUAUUCUGGUUUGGAGGCAGGGGAAAGUAAAGAGCUUGUGGAAGGGAAGAGGGUUGCUAUCGUUGGUUUCCGGAAACAUGCUAUGGAUAUCGCCAUGGAAUGCUCUGAAAUCAACGGGAAGGGAAAUCCGUGCAGGGUAUUGUACAGAACAGAGCGAUGGAGUUUCCCUGAUUGGUUCCCGCCAUUGCCAUGCCUGUACCUCAGUCGAUUUUCGGAGCUUCUGAUUCACAAGCCUGGAGAAGGGAUCUUGCUCAGCCUUCUUGCCACAAUUCUGUCCCCAAUCAGAUGGGGGAUCUCCAAGUUUGUGGAAAGGGAAAUCAAGCGCAAGCAUCCAUUGGAGAAACACGGGCUGGUUCCGAAGCAGAGCUUUCUCCAGGAUGUGAGCUCCUGCUUGAUCGCGACGGUACCUGACAAAUUCUUCGACAGGGUGGAGGAAGGAAGCAUCGUUUUGAAGAAAGCUCCGAGCUUUAGCUUCUGUAAGGAAGGGAUCAAAGUCGAAGGUGGUGAUAAGGAUGAGAACAAGCAGCAGCAGCCGCCAUUGGAAGCCGACCUGGUGAUACUGGCCACAGGUUUCAAAGGCGAGAAGAAGCUCCAGGACAUUUUUGGAUCGAAACGUUUCCGCGAAAUCAUCGUCGGCCUUCCAAACGCUACCGUUCCACUUUACAGGUAGUUAUGAUGAACUGUUUUAUCCUAACUAGUAUAAUUAAAAUCGCGUUUUAAAACUUAAAAGCUUACGAAUUGCUUGAACCAGGCAAUGCAUUCCUCCGAGAAUCCCACAAUUGGCGGUGCUGGGGCACUCGGAGAGCAUCGCGAACCUGUACACGUCGGAGAUGAGGAGCCGGUGGCUGGCGGAGCUUCUGGACGGGAAGUUCAGGCUGCCGGCGAUCGAGAAGAUGGAAGCUGAUGCGGCGAAUUGGGAUGUGUUUUUCAAGGAAUACGGCGGCGAGUCCUAUCACAGGUCAUCCAUCGCCACCGUCCAUGUAUGGUACAACGAUCAGCUGUGCAAGGACAUGGGCUGGAACCCGAGAAGGAAGAAUGGGCUUUGGGCCGAACUGUUCGAGCCUUAUGGCCCAACCGACUACGUUUCUCCUUGAUCAUGUUCCAAAAGUACAAAUUUGGGGCUUGGGUUUGGGUCUUUGGGAUGUGUGUCAUAAAUCAUAAAUCUUCUAUCCCUCGUCUUCUCUUUCGAUUCUCGAUUUGUUGUAUUUUGAUUGCUACUUGUAUUUUUUCUCGUUUAAUUUAUCUUAAAAUCAUAUUGAAACCUCCAUAAAACUUUGAAUAAAUG